AUGGCAAUGCCUAUUGAUAUCACUCUCCGGCCGUUCAAACUCUCCGAUGUGGAUGAUUUUAUGCGUUGGGCUGGUGACGAUAAUGUGACGCUCUAUUGUAGAUGGGAUACCUACACCUCUAGGGAUGAUGCUUUGGACUUCUUAGAGGAGGUCAUUAGUUCUCACCCUUGGUAUAGAGCCAUUUGCACUAAUGAUGACCGUCCGAUUGGGUCCAUCUAUGUGAUGCCUGGGGUUGGAAAAGAUCAACGGAGGGGAGAGAUUGGAUAUGCUAUAAGUGCAAAGUACUGGGGAAAAGGCAUUGCAACAAGGGCUGUGAAGCUGGCCAUUUCAUGUGUGUUCAAAGAAAUGAAGCUUCUGGAGAGGGUGGAAGGAUUGGUCUAUGCAGAAAAUAAAGCAUCACAGAGGGUUUUGGAGAAGGCUGGAUUUAUCAAAGAGGGUCUUCUGAAAAAAUAUUUCUUUGUCAAGGGGAAGAGUAGGGAUAUUGUUGUGUAUAGCAUUGUUGACAAGUAUAGUGUUGCUUGGUAA